CAGAAAUGAGCUGUAACGCUCGCCGUGUAAAAUUAGUUCUUCCGAUGAGUACUGAAGCUGCCUAAACUUUUGCAAGAGACAGGAGCCGCAGUGGUUUGGGUUUUUUUGGUUUUUUUGGUUUUUUUUUCCGCAAAUCAGAGAGGAGGACAGCAUCCAUUCACCACUGUACAUUGUGAGUGCAUCUGGAGGAGAUCAGGGGCAGCAGUGGUGGAUAAGAUUAGGGCAAUGGUUUCUUCCCGGGAGAGUGAGAUACCAAAAAUUUGUUCUCUAUUUUGCUUUGUCAGAGUACAACUUUGAAUUCCAACUUCCAGGUCAUUUCAAGAAUAAGGCCAAAAGCAGCUAAAGGAGAUGGUUACUAUAGCAGUCUGUUAUUUUAGGGCCUAGAAAUCUGAUUUUAAAUUGUGUAAGCCGAGUUUGAAAUGUGCUGACUUUCCUACAAGAAUAAGAAAGCCUUACGGUAGAGGCUGCACUGAACAGACCAAGAUAAAACACUGUCAGGAAGCUGGACUGAAUUUUUCUUCUGUCUGAGCUACACUGGCAUGUAAAUUUCUUCCGUGAUAGCCUGAAGAGAAACCUAUUCUAGUUUGGCUUGACUAUAAGCUUUUCCUGAGCAUCUGACCUGUAUUCAGCUGGAGUAAGGUAGGACAAAAUAUUUGAAGGAUAUCCUCAAAAAUGAGGUAUUUUUUUUUCUGUGGAUGCAGAAAGGUUUAAUGUUGGAAGCAAGAAACAACAAGAGCUAAAAAUAGUUUUUCUUGUAUGGAUACGCCUGGCAGCUGGAAUGCCACCAAAGUUAUCAGCUGAGUUUGGAAACUGCAGGAAGAAUUUCAACAUUUUCAUAUAGCUGGAGAUCUCUCUCUUUCUGGUUUCCAUCUUGUCUUCUCUCAAGUAAUUCAUCAUACCUUAAAGAGCUGACUCAAGAAUUCCAAUUACUGUAAGCCAACCCAAAAUCUGUAUGGGAAAGGAGUGAAGGAAAGGAGAGGGCAGAGCAUCUUCAGGUGUGGAGGAAGAGUGGAGAAUGGGUAAUUGAGGGUUUUUUCCUUGCAAUCAACUUGAAGCCUUCUCAGGACAAUCCUCCUUUCCCUGGAGGCUGUAUUCUCUCUCCCUUUCUCCUCCCCUGCAAAGUUAUCUUUGCACCCAUCUUCACAUUUCCAUCCUCAUCAAGUGGCAAGAGGAGCCCUAUGUUUCCCUUUUGCCAGCAGCCUGUGCUGGGCCAUAGCAACUGCUGACAUUGCCCUUGCUUGGAGCUGGCCUCCUCGAAACAGCAGGGAUGGGGUUAGUAAAGAGAUCUUAAAUGCAUGGCUGGAAAUGACAAAGCUGCCUAGCAGAACCACUGCUCUGGUCUGUAACGAGAAUUACUGGGUUUAUCAAGUUCCUUGAACUUCUUCCAGUUAUCCUGAAGUGUAGUUAGUUCAUUCCCAGUGACAAGUGGUUCAUUAUAAAUGAAGAAAACCUUGGCUUCCAAGACUGCCUUUGUAAGUAGUGAGCACUUGAGUGUUGUGUUUCAAAUGGAGGGCUCCAAGGCAUCUAUGGAAGGUUCUGUGCUUUGACUCUUUUUUUUCUUUCUAAAGAGUGGCAGAAGGGAGCCAUAGUACUCCACCUAUCUGCUUGCAGAAAGUCUCUCUAUAAAGCAGAGAGAAAAAAAUGGACUUCUCUAUAAAUCUAGUUAUGAGAUCAGCUGGGACGACAUCAGCCAUCACAGUGGAAUAACACCAACCCAGACUUUCUAUGUGAACAAGCAGUUAGUGACUGAACUUUCCUUAGGGCUCACAAAGUUCAGCUACAGAGGAAUACCAAAUAUCCAGACCCUUAUGAAAAGCUGAAAAGGGGAGGAGUAUUCUCGGGAAAAAUAGAAAAAAAUAAUUCUCAAGCCUGGUAUUAGAACUGUUUUGUUCAGCAAUAACUGAACCAACACUUUGAAGGUAACUUUGUAUAUCAAAGUUAAUGUUUAAAUGUGCACAUUUCUGCUAUAUCAAUAACCUAGACUGGUGUGAACAACUGGUGUCCCUCUACAAAAUCUUUUGUCUGGGAUGAUUCCCCAGCCUGGUUUCAAAACUUUCAGAUAUCUUUUCAUAUGACCACAUACAUCCAGAGCUCAGACCUGUGAGUCACCGUAAUCUCCAGAUGUCUUAGGAAAGUCCCUACAUCUCCUCCACAACCUGAGUUAGCUACUUUAAAGCCAGGGAGGGUUUCCUUGUAUUGUAAAAUGUGGUGUUUAGUAAGUAGACUCCUGCUCAAAGUUGGUGUUCCAUUCUGGCAAAGGUGAAAAGUGUAAAACUAUGCUAAAACAAAUCCAGCCUCUUCUUGGCAUCAGAAGCCACAAGCUGAGGUUGAACUGUAGUGCUUACUUAACAAUAAAAAAAAAAAUUAUUAUAGACAACAAAUAUGACAAUAGGGUAAAGGUGCCUCAAAAAGAGUCACUGGUCCAUUACACAGCUUUGAAAGCGAUGUUCCCCACUUCUUUUUCCAUAUACUGGCUGUUUCACUGGAGAGCACUUCUUCUACUAUUCUAAACUAAAAUUAAGGAAAGUGGUUGUAUUUGCCCUGGCCUACACUGCCAUUGCAAUAUAAACCAGAGAGCUUAACCACAUACAAAUCCUUGAAUUGCUUGGCUUUUAAAGUUUAAUCAUAGACCCUUUCUUUCUUCACUGCUGAGGUUUCCAUGUAAUUGGAAUGAAGGAUGUUGGAACUGAGCACAGGUUUCCCAGUGGCAGCUGCCAGUAGUUGGAUAAUACCACUAACAUCAAUGCUGCCAAAAGAGAAAAAUGGUCUUUUCAGUAAUGUUUUGAGUUCAGAAUCAAGAAUUCUGGGUUCAGUUUCUGGCUCUGCCUCAGACUUCUAACAAUGUUACAUUUCUCCUGCAUGUUCUCAACUAGAGAUGGGAAUAAUACUGCUUUUUGUCUUUCCCAUUUAAAGUAUUCACUGCUGGUAUGGUGCAUCACCCCAUCUAGGUGGGGCAUUCCACGUGACCAUAAGGCACCCACAGCACAGUUCCUACAGCCUUUGUGGGAUCCUGAAAAUGUUACUCAUGCGAUGAGUAACCAGAAUUAACCCUCCUACUCAGCUGAGCUUUGCUGCAUGCAAUAAAACCAGGAGGCUCCUCUCCACCAGCAACAUUCUGCUUUCCUCAUUUGUCUGUCUGUCCUAGAAGACCUUGGUUCCUUGGGAUAGCAGUUAGCAAAGUGCCCUUUUUCUUACAGGCAGAUUCAUAGCUCUCCUCUGUGCGGGUAGUGGAGAAUCAUUGGUGACUUUUAAGUCAGCUAAAGCCACGUUUUGGCCAUUACAUGAAAGAGCACAAUUGGUCUGGCUUCCCAAAGGUUCCUAAGUCUCAUGAGUGUAGUCUGUCUCUCCAUCUCUGCUUGGAUCCCAACUUUUGAAUGCUCUGAGUGUUUCCAAGCGUAUUCUACCUUCUACUAUAUAGCUAUAGGAAAGAGAAGCAGAAACCUAAUAUGUAACUGCAUACCUCUGGAAUAAAUAAAAUCAGGAUGUUCUGCUUUGGAAUGAAGAAAACCAGGAUGUUCUACCAAGUGGAAUGACUCAGACUGCUGUUCACAAAGGGAAAAACAGAAAAAAAUAAAAUAAGAUGGAGCACAUGUUACUGCUACUCAUAAUUUUCAUACCUAUAUUGGGUCUCAGUAAUGGAACAGAAACUGAACAAGAUUUUACUUGGCACAUAAAGAAGAUUCCCCAGAUUGUGAGAGAAAGAACUUUCUCCCUUGACAGCCCUAAAUUUGAAGCAAAAACCAAAUUAGAGCUGAACGGUGUAUGUGGAAUUGAAUGUCAAAGGAAACUGCCAGUGCCAAGCUUGUCUGACUUGAAGAGCCUCUUAUCCUAUGAGACUGUUUUUGAAAACGGCACACGGACCCUGACUGAAGUGAGUGUCCUCGGAGCAGUGCCUGACCCAGCUGCAAACACAACCACACAAAGGCCUUUGAGGAGGAAGAGGCAGAUAUAUGGGACAGACAGUAGGUUCAGCAUCUAUGACAAGAGGUUUAUGACCAACUUUCCAUUCAACACCGCUGUGAAGAUCUCCACGGGCUGCAGUGGCAUUCUGGUUUCCCCCAAGCAUGUGCUCACAGCAGCCCACUGCCUGCACAAUGGCAAGGAUUAUGUCAAGGGCAGCAAAAGACUGAGGGUGGGCCUGAUGAAGACAAAAUCCAGAGGCAACGGCAGGAAACGUAAAGGUGCUAAAAGAAGUAGGAGAGAAAUUUCUGUGGCCAAAGAGGAUCCCAAAGCCGCCACAGAAUUAAGGCGACCAUCCAAAGGCGAUGAGAGAAAGCAGAGGGGAUCUGGGAGGAAGCAAGGGACCUCAGAUGGCAUGCCCUCCUUCCAGUGGACCCGGGUGAAGAGCACGCACAUCCCGAAAGGCUGGUUUAAGGGUGUCUCUGGGGAUAUUGCCCUGGAUUAUGAUUAUGCUGUUCUUGAGCUCAAGCGUCCCCACAAAAGGAAAUACAUGGAGCUGGGAAUCAGCCCAACAAUCAAAAUGAUGCCUGGGAGCAUGAUCCACUUCUCAGGUUUUGACAAUGAUCGGUCUGGGCAGCUGGUCUAUAGAUUUUGUAGCAUUUCUGAUGAGUCCAAUGAUCUGUUUUAUCAGUACUGUGAUGCUGAGCCUGGCUCCACAGGAUCUGGCAUCUAUCUCCGUCUGAAGGAGCCAAACAAAAAGAAGUGGAAACGCAAGAUCAUCGCUGUUUACUCAGGCCACCAGUGGGUGGACAUCAAUGGUGAACAGCAGGAUUACAAUGUAGCGGUACGAAUUACUCCUCUCAAAUAUGCCCAGAUUUGCUUCUGGAUACAUGGGAAUGAUGAGAAUUGCACCCAAGGCUGAAGAGAGCCGAGCUGCAGUUCUGCUUAGCACCCUCACUGCCAUAGAUUGAAAGGCGACAGUGACUGGAAGAACAUCACUCCACGCCAGAACGUGUUUGAACUCAAAGCUUGCAAGUAGUGCUAUGGUGACUUAAGGGAUGCUGAAUUUCUAGGGGAGGGGUAGAAUUGUCAGACAAAGUAUUUCUAACUGUAAUCAACCUAGAUACACACUUAAAAUCCCAAACUAUAUUUAUGUUUGCAAUUGUGAUAAAUUCAAGUCAUUUGUGAGGAAAAAAACGGCUGCACCUGUUUGUCAUUUUUUUCCCCAGAGGAAGCGUUGAAACAUCUCAAACUGGUGUUAUUAAGCAAUAUCUAUUUUUUUCCAAUGGAUUUACUUUUCUCAGGGUUCUGUUCCAAUUCUUCAAAUGCAAGUUGUGCAUAUAGCAUGUUCCUGUAUGUGCAGAAUGAACUGCAUGAGAACAAGACAUUAUUGUGGCAUUCUCUAAAGACCACAGGUCCAUGUUGAGAAGCAGCACUAUAGUUGAUGAUGGUUAGUUUGGAAAACUUCCUCUUCUGGUUGCUGCAGGAACACUCCCAUGGAAAUUCCAAAUUUAUGUAGCUGAGGGUUACAUCUUAAAGAAAAAAAUCACUCCAUUGCUCAGUAAAAACAGCAAAAGAGAAAUUAACAAAAAAAUAGUUUCUGUGUUUGGAAGAAGAAGAAACAUUUAGACAUAUUUAAUGUCUUUAAAUGUUCUUAGAGAAGCUAUAGAAAUCUUAAACACAUGCAUUUGCCUUCCAAUCAAUAUUUGGAGAGGUGUAGGUUUAGUUUCUAGUCAAAUGUUUAGCUUUACCAUUGGGAGAAGUCACUGACCCCCGAAGUAGCUACUUGACAAUCAUUUGGAGCUUCACAGAUGAUAUAUUUUCUGGGUGCUAAACAUUUCUUCAGUUUUUAUAAAUUACUUUUAUACAAGUUCAGCUUCAUAGAUAGGAUAGUAUGUGUUAGACUGGGAGUUGGAAAUCAAUAUUUUAGUUUGGCUAUAUACAGUUUUGCAAAGUGUGUGGUCUUAAUCAUGUUAUAUUCAGAUUCCACCUCAACAUGAUUCACAGGGUUAACUGAAAAUUUCUCCCAACUAAAUUAUAGCACCUUCUGAAUGGUAGAACUAUCCUGUGCUUUAUAGAAGGUAUCUUGUUAGAUAGCAGCAGUAGUUAGCAAAUAAUUUGGUUCAAUAUGUUUGCAGAACCAUGUAUUUAAUGAAGACACAAACUGAGCUUGACUUUUAUACACCUUUAAACACAAACCACCUUCUUAAAAACUGUUGUUGAUUGCUAUAUAAGUCUAUAUCUUUUAUUUUAUGUCAAGAUUUUGAAGUACACAGAAUUCUUAUGGUGCUACAUUAAUCUAAUAGCAUAAAAAGAUACUGUGCCUUUCUGAUCAUAUCCUUUGGGUUUCAAUACUUUUCAUAGUAUUCACCACUGUAUAAUUUAAUUUUUUUACCAUAAAUUUAUGCUGACCAAAAUACAUUUUCUUCCUGUGCAGGAGAAAAAAUUACAAGAUUUAAAUUUUUUUUUUUAAUCUUUAAAACAUGCUUUUGAUGACAUAACAUGGUUUUAAAUAACCCUUUUUUUUGGUAUAUGGUUGAAAGUGUAUAACCUGACACACUGAAUGUGCAGGCAACUUUGUCCUAUUAUUGCCAAAGCACAAAAAUUUAAGACUUGCUUCCAUAUCAUAACCUAACAAUAUUUCAUUCAUUGGAAGAGAUCUCACUUUAAAGGAAACUAUUUCUUUUAAUGCCAACCUUUCCAGGAAACACUCAGCUUUCCUUCCUUUAUUAUGUUUUAAUUUUAUUUUGUGUGAUUGUUUGCAGAAAACUAAUAAUAAUUUUUAAAGUUUAGAAAUAACUCUAAGAUUUUAGGGUUAAUUAUUUUUUAUUGUUGUUAACAUCUCUAUUAACAUAUGUGGCUUUGCUGACAGUAAUUUUAAAUCACCUCAUUCCAGUAUUUAAUACUCUUGCUCUAUGCAACAGAUUUAUAAUAUCCUUUAGUCAGGUCUGCAAUGUUUUUCUUAAGUGCCUUUUUCCAUAGUUGCUGUGACAAAUAAGGUACCACAUCAUUAAUCUAAAACAAGACAACCCAGGCCCAUGGAUUUUUUUACUGUUAUUGUCAUUGUUGAUUUGGGUCCAAAACUGAUCAAGAUAAAGGGAUCAUAGUAAAUUCCUUGUUUUGUUGAGUCUUAUUUAGGUGUACUCCUCCUCAGAAGAAAUAAAAUCUAUAUCUUUAUCACUUUGGGAAUUGGGAGCAAGGUAAGAAUGAAAAAUGUGUGAUGUCAGCUUCCAAAUAGUCUUGUUAUAAUAAUCAUCUGUUGGAAAUAUCUCAGCUGCAACCUGAGGUUUCCAUACCACGUUGAUAAAAACUUUCUUUUCAGAUAAUAAGUACUAGAUGCUAAUUCUGUAGUACUAAAAGAUUAAAGAGGUUGGCCAGAGCAACAUAAAAAUUACUUUCAAUCAACCAAACAAACCUCUGUGUCCCAGUGCCCAUGCACAAACACAUGCAAAUACACAGGCUUGGAGCCCAUGGAUGUUUUGACUGAGUUUUGUGUUGUCAGCACCUUCAGGCCAGGAAUGCAGGUAGAAGAAGACACAGACAAAAUGCUUUUCCUGUUGCCUCAGCAUGCUAGGCAACAUUUUGGUCUUCCACUUGGCCUAAUAGAGAAAUAAAUGCUUUAUAUAGACAUUGCGACUACCUACUACAGGGACUUCAGUUCAUAAAUCUAGUACUUACACACAAUCCCAGGAAUUUAAUGUCCUGCACAGAGCUCUUGGUACCCAUCACUGCAAAUGGGACAAAAAUUGUUGAGUCAUCUCAGAUUUUCUUUAAAACAUGCAGUUACUAUCUAGUUACCAGUGAGACAACAUGAGGAGGAAAAUAUGAUCCCAGUAGAUUAGAUCCUGCCGUUGUCUAGGGCAUCAGCAGGAAGGCUGGGUUUCCAGCCCUUCUGAUGUUUCCCUAAAUGAUUUUUCCUCUCUCAGGUACCAGGCUGUACACCACUUUUUAAAUCAGUACCAAUUCUUUUCCAUAAGUGUUUGUAUAGUAGAUCUUUUUAUUUAACUGUAUUCCUGGCUUUAGGAAAAAACAACUUCAGUCAAAUCUCUUUUCUCCUAGAGGGCUACUGGAAUUUAUAAAGUCAACAAUUAAGUUUUUUUCAGGGCCAAAGAUAAACCUCAUAUGCAAGCCAUUAACACACCCAGACCAGCUUCCACAAGGUAUUUGUGCAUGUGUUUAAUCUGAGGCUCUGAGACACAGAGGGGUUAUCUGCAGUGUGAAGAAUUAAGUCAAAGUUUGUAUUAACAAAAGAAAACCACAACAUUAUGUAGGGAAAUUAUUUCUGUUAUAUGAGGUAUAGAGUGCCCAAUGUUUUAAUAAUUACUUAAAGAAACUCCUUGACUCCUUAAGAUUUACCAUCUUAAUUUUGCAGAUUUAUGUGUCUAUAUGGAGUGUGAAUCAGUAUGAAUAUGGCUUAAAUAAAAAAAAAAAACAACCCUCAUCCACAUGUGGAGGAGAUAAGCAGCUGGGGAAUUCUUUCUAUUCUGCUGCUAAGGGAUGACCUGGCAGCAAAUAGCAAAAAAAAAGAGAAAGAAAGAAUGAGUAGAUGGUAUGAAAGGGCAGGAAGAUGGAGAUGGUAUGCAAGGGAUAAAGAAAGUGUGCAAAGUAACAGAUGAAAUGGCUGCAAGGUAGCAGAGGCACCUAUUGUGAGAAAGAGUAGGCAGAUGGUGGACACCUAAUAGUAUUAAUUAAGAUGUGAAAUUCGCAAGUUUCAUGACAAUUUUUUACUGUUAAAGAUAAGGCAUUUCUUCCCAGCCAACAGCAACAAGGAAAGGGCUUUGAGAGGACUCAGGCUAUGGCAGGGCCUGCUUAGCAGGCAGGGAUUUUAAUCCUGACCUACAAUCCAUGCCUGAAUUUGCAGGGAUUAUGCUUCUGUUCAUUCAGGGUCCUUGGAAAGCAGCAAUCUGUGUUCUGACCAAAAGGCUUGGCAGUAUGAACCUCCCAGUACACUGGAUCGCCAAAAAUGUAGUGAGUAAAGGGACUUUCUCAAACCUGACCUUUUUUUGGGAUUCCUGUAAAGGCUGUUCUCUAUUGGGGAAAAAAAUGAAGCAAAAAAUUCUCUGACUUAAGGCAUUAAAAUGUUAGCUCAAUUUUUUUGCAUGCAUCUAGAAAUUCUAGGCAAUAGAUUUUUUUUCAAGUGUCUUCUAUUUGUGUUUGGCAUCCAUAGAAAUUUAAUCAACUGCUUCCAAUUUUAAAGCACAGAUUAUUGCAGAUAGUUCCAUCUACAAAGUCCUGGAUUAAAGAGUGACGGGGGGGAAAAAAAAGAAUGUUAUUAAAUUGAAAGCUUAAAAUUUCACUCUAAUCUCAAAGGAUUUGGAAGUAUAUUUUGGUCCCCUUUGCACCAGUCUUUUGCUCCAGGUGUCAGAGCAUUUAGAUUAAAAACAUCCAGAAGUAGUUUUGAGGACUCUUUCAGGUUCUUUGCUUUUUUAAGACUGACAGAAAACUUUAGAAUAAUUUUAACUGUGCAAAAUGACAAGCCAUUUGAGAUAAUAAAUGCAAACCUUUGCUCUGUUAAGAUAUUAUAUGAUGCACUUAUUCUGUCAAUAAAUAUUUUCUGAUGUUUUUCUUU